GUCAGACAUGAAGUUGUAUGUGAUAGAAGUAAAUAAAAAGUAUGUAGGAAGCUUAGGCUAAAGUUUGUUUAUGUUUGGACAAGAAGCGGCAGGCGCGAGGCGCGACAUAGUACCACUCGAUGGAGAUGUUAAUGCGACAUCGAGCGACAUCCGUCCAUUGAAAAGUUGGUACCUAAAAGUCGUGUCGCCCUACUUGCCGCCCGACGCCCCUUGCCCACCCCAGUCUUUAUACAAACAGUCACUCCUGUGCUCGUGGGACCCCUGCAGACAAUAGGACCUUCUUAAACGAGUUAAUAACAUCAUCGCCUCUUUUUUCUCACUUUUUUUCGAGCCCGUGAAGUGGCCUGCGAUCAUAAGCAUCUCUGUGCACUCAAUAUUGUAUGGGACGAGGUCAAAUUUCUAAAUAUAUUUCCCUGUGCGUUUAAGAUUCUGGUAGAAUUACAACUUUGAAUAAAGUAGUUCCCAAGUCUAUUCAUUGGUAGUUAGUACAAAGCAUUCGUCUUCCAUCCCGCUGGUGUCUCGAAAUGGAAAUUUGUGCAACCAUGGAGAAUCGCGUCUGAAACCCUCAUAAUAGGCAAAACGUACCUGAAAGGACUGUGAGCCCUUCUGCACUCUGACAUAAGUUACUAGAGUACUUGCAGGAUAUUUACCUUUUAAUUUCAUAGCGGUUUGUGACCCGAAGUCUAUAAUUCAUCUUUAGCAAGUAGGUUUUUUUUUCUCGACUAGCAUUGCCUAUAUAUAUAUUUAGUUGACGAUUUUUUAGAAAACUGGGUUUUUUUGUAUUUGUGCUUCUUUUCAAACUUCCACUCGCUAAUAAUAAUAUGUUGAUGAACACUUUGAUGCCUUUGGCCGUGGUUUUGGCCGGUGUUACCGCAGCAUCCAGUUCCAACUCUUGCUCGUUUGACGAUGUCACCAUGACUGCUGCUGCUUCAGUUAGUCAGUUGGCUUCUUGUCCAACCUUGGAAGGAACUUUAGAAAUUACCGGUAACGAUCUUGGUUCUUUGAGCUUCAACAGUGUUGAAGAGAUCUCCGGAGACAUAAGAAUCUUCAACUCCUCUUCCAUCACUGACGUUGGUUUCACCCAAUUAAGCAAAAUUUCCGGAUCUUUGGAAAUUGAUGCCUUAACCCAGUUGCAUGUCAUUGACUUUUCUAAAUUGGGUGAAAUCUCUGACUUGAGUUUGAUUUCUUUACCAUCCUUGUCUACCAUUAACUUGAACACUGGUGUUUCAAAGUUGAACAACUUGCAAAUUAGUGACACCGCAUUAAGUUCAUUACAAGGUUUAAUCACCAAUGUUAACACUCUUGGUGAAUUGGAUGUUAACAAUAACAAGAAUAUCACAUCUAUUGACUUGGGCAACUUGCAAACUGUCAAAGAAAACUUGAUUUUGAGUUUCAAUGGUGACUCUUGUGAAAUCAAUUUGGAUUCUUUAAUCUGGUCCUCUAAUUUGACCAUCCAAGACGCGGGUUCGAUCUCUGCUUCUGAAUUGUCUGCUGUUAACGGUUCUUUGAUCUUCGGUUACAACAAGUUUGAAAAGUUUGAGCUUCCAGUUAAUAAAAUUGGAGGUGCUUUACAAAUUUUUGCUAACGACGAUAUGACCGAAUUCUCGUUAGACAACUUGACCGCGGUGGGAGGAGAACUCAGAAUCUUUAACAAUACCGAAUUAGAUAACAUGGCUUUCCAAAGCUUGGAAACUGUUAAGGGGGCUGUGAACAUCAAUGGUUCCUUCUCCAACUUUACCAUGCCUGAGUUGGAAGAAGUUGACGGUGAUUUCACCGUUCAAAGUGACAAUGACGACUUCAGUUGUAAGUCUUUCAAAAAGUUGAAAUCUGACAACAAAAUUGAAGGUCACAACUUUAAGUGUAUUGCUCCUGCCAAGAACACUUCCAAGUCGGGUUCUGCAUCUUCCGGUUCUUUGGAAACCGAAACUUUUGAAGGUUCUAGUUCAAGUGGAUCGUCAGAAUCUGAUGAUGAUGAUGACAAUUCUACAUCCUCCAGCUCCAAAGACAGUAGUGCUUCUACUUUGAUUGGAAGCGGUCUUGUUGCUAUAAUUUUGACCACCGUUUUCUCGGCUUUAAUCUAGUUAGGUAAUAUAAACUGUUGUGUUUUAUUUGGAUUUUUUAAUUUUGAUGCUGGAAUGCUAGAAAAUGAAAUCUAAAACUCGCAAA